AUGGCCGAGGUGGUGGUGACGACGAAGAAACGGGGUCGCCCGCCCAAGAAUCAACAACACGUCGAGACAGAUGGCGACCUUGUUGCGGCCCCGAAGUCACGAGGCAGGCCAGCGUCAUCAGCUUCGGGGGUGUCUGUGGCGUCAACGACCAGGUCGGGCAAAGCUGCCAAACAGAUUAUUGUUGAGGAAUUGGAGGAGGCGGUGGUGGUGGUGGAUGAUGGAGAGAAGAAGCCCAAAGCAUCCGGAGUGGUCAAGAGGAAAGCAGCAGCACCAGCACCAGCAGCAUCAUCAGCAUCAGCAGUAGCCGUCGCCAGCAAGACUCCAGACGCGACAAAGUCUCGCAAGUCUCCUCGUCCCACAACAACAACAGCACCAACAACAACAACAACAACAACGUCCCUCGCCACCCAGCACGAGCACGACGUAUCUGCCCUUGUAAAGACGGAGAGGAAGACAAAGGCAGCAAAAUCUGUAGCGAAGAACACGGAGGUCUCUCGCUCGGCUCAGAAAAUCUCCCAGCCACGAACAACGACAACGACAACGACAACGCCGGCAGCAGCUGAUAUUGACGAUCCUCGACUCUCCAUCUCCACCAUUCUGGGCCACGCCAAAGCAUUCUCAAAGCAGUCGGACCAGCUGCAGUGGGAUAUCCUCCAGCUCAUCAGGCAGAAAGAAGAAGCUGUGUUGUCGCAGCAGCUAUCCCUGCCGCACGCUGAAUCCGAGACACAGCUGCAAACACCACCAACACAAACAUCACAGAUCCCUUUGGCAAUAGACGCCAUUCCCGUGCCGCCGGCGUAUGAGCCGUCCUCAACAAUGCCUCCUCCGGUCAGAGGAGCAGUGAGCACGGCACCGGCACCACGGACAGCAUCGGACACCCCAAGCCACAACCCGCCGGCCUUGACCAGCGAACCGGCCCAUCCAUUCUCGACACAGACACUCGCAUCAGCUCUCAGCGCACAGCAAGCCCAUGUGCCGCCCUCGUCGCUGCUGUCCUCUCCCCUCGGCUCCGCCCAAGGACCCCAGCACCAAGUGCGUCCGUUCUCGUCGACCAAAGCGCUGCCCAUGUCGACCACGAUUGCCCUGGCUGCCCGGUCAUCCUCUUCGGCGGGAUCCAGACCCUCGAUGCCCCCGCGGCCACCCACCGUCCCGUCCGAAGGGCCCCCCGGAGGCGCACCAAAACUGUCCGAUCUGCCGCUCGAACAGCUCAAGAAGGACCCCCGGUACCGCAAGGCGUCGACGCGCUACACGACCUUUGUCGUGGCGCUGCCCUUUGCCAUUGUGAGCAGUUACUUCUUGUGGGAGAGGUACCGUGAACACCAGGCGUACUUGCAGAAAGUCCGCGAUGCCCGAGCCAAGGGACCGGGGUCAGAUGAUCUGGCUUCGACGACGGCAGCCUCAGUGCCCGGACAGCAUAACGAUCGCGAAUAA